UCUGUGAAGAGCCUGAACGUAGGAAAGAACAAACUCUCGGACCUGCCCGUAGCUGUUUUCAGCCUCAAGAACCUUGAAGUCCUCAACUGCAGCGAGAACUUCCUUUCCGAACUCCCCUCCAACGUCGCUUGCUUCGCUGCUCUCACCGAGCUCGACCUCAACGACAACAAGAUCAAGACGCUGCCCGAGGACAUUGGGCGGUUCUUCCCGAGGCUGAGGAAGCUGCUCAUGUACCAGAACGAGAUCACUUCGCUGCCGGCGUCUCUUGGGGACCUGCAGGAGCUAGAGGAGCUCAACGUCUUCAACAACAAGUUGAUCAAGAUCCCGGGUUGUGUCGGCACUUUGUCGAGCCUGAUAGAGCUCAACGUGGCUUCCAACAAGCUCAAGACGCUCCCGAGCCUGGACGGGCUGACAAACCUGCAGAGGCUGGCGGCUUUCGACAACAACAUCGUCCUCCUGCCGACGCUGGAGAAGCUCAGCAAGAUCAAGAAGCUCGAGCUCUACAGGAACCAACUCGACAGCCUCCCUCAGCUCGCAGACUACGAGGACUUGGAGGAGAUCAAUGUGUCGAGGAACCGGCUGACGAGCUUCCCUGAGAACCUUGAGAAGUGGGGCAACCUACAGAUCUUCGAAGCCUCCAACAACCGGCUGGAAGCGCUGCCUCCCAGGCUGGGGGGCCUGACCCAACUCUGGAAGGUGAUGCUCGGUCAGAACUCUCUCUGCAAUCUGCCGGGGGAGCUGUUCGACGUGAGCAUCAAGACCCUGGACAUCUCGAAGAACAAUUUCACCCAAGUCCCUGAUGAAAUGAGCAAGCUAACCUCACUGACGAUCCUCACCCUGUCUGACAAUCAGAUCAAGUCCAUCCCCAGCUUCCUUGUGGACCAGCUCACGAGCAUCCGAAGGCUGGCGAUCGAGGGGAACCCCAUC